CUCGUCCAUCUCUUCUUUCACUCGAGCACCCGGACUGGCGUGAAUUUGAUGGUGCCAUUCUUCUCACCCACGAGGUUGAUGUUGGCCUGCGUGGCCGCCUGCCGCAGUGCUCUCACUGGCCCCCACCGCUGCUUGGGCUUGUGCACGUAGCUGAUGCACUGCAGGCUGGCGAACUGGUCGAACAUCUGGCGGCUGGUCUGCAGGAGCUCCGUGUACAGCUGCCGGGCGUGCUCCUCGGUCUGGUUGUAGGACACCUUGAUCUCUAUGGCCCGCACGCGGUUGUCGAUGACCUCGCGGACGUCGUCACCCACGCCCAUGUCCAUGUCGCCCACGCCGGCCCCCUCGUACACCCCCCACCGAACGGGGAGGCUCGGGGGGUCGUGCAUCACCCCCCAGGCGUUGGACACACGCUCGAUCUCGACCUCCGUGGCGACCGUGAUGCGCCGGCCUUGCUGUGGGGCCAGGUGGCGGAUGGCCUUGGGCAGCACGGCAAUCGGCACGAUCUGGUCCUCGUCGCUUUCGUCGCUGUCGACAGCCAUGGUCAUCUUGACGGCCAGCCUGUCCAGGCUCGGCAGCUCCUUGACGAAGCUGUGCAGGCCGCCUUCGUAGGUCCGGUCGCUGUUCAUGGUGCCCUGGUCGAUGUCGAAGGUGCGCACGGCCGGCAGCAUCGCGGGAAUGCGCGACACCAGCUGGUUGGGCAGGUGUGUGUAGGGGAAGUAGCUCGUCGGCAAGACCUUCACCGUGAGGGUCUCAGCACAGGAGAACACGGCCGUGUUGAGCUCGUACGCCAUCGUCACGUCGUUGGGCAUCUUGAACGGAGACAGCGACACCUGAUGGAUUGAAGGAGGGAGGGAUGCACCAGCAGAGCGACAAGCGCGUCUGCACGGGGUGUGUGGUGUGUGUUGGUCUCAGUGUUCUAUAGAUCGCCCACCCACCUUUGCCGCCAUGUUGGCAAGUUUCUGGACUGUCGAGUGUGUGCCCGCCAGCUGGACGGGCGAACCGACCAGGGGCAGACCGACAGCCAGCUCCUCACAUCGAAACUCGUCGGGCCGCCCGUUGUCCACGCGCCGCACCUCAGCAUGGUACACCUCGACGGCAUCGGGCUCCAAACACUGACUACGGAAGCCAUGCAGCCUCUGCAGAUUGGUUGAUAAGAAACACAACACAGACAGACACAGAGAGGAUGGCCACGGCACGGCUGAGGCGGGUCGUUGCUCUAGCACACAAACACACACACACCUGAAUGAAGCUUGUGUGUGCGAUUGGGGUUCGGUCGUUGUCGUGGGGCAUCUCCAUCUCGAUCGUGGUGAGCCGGGACUGCAGGAUGGCCCAGAAGUGCUGCUCGCCAUGGAAUAUCACUGAGGUACACACACACACAGAGACAGACACGGGGAUGGGCACAUGGGUGGAUGGAUGGGUGGACACACACAUGCGUAUGAUACCAUGGCCAGUGAGCGACCGAAGGGUGCCGGCUGUGGGCGUGUGUCGCAUGACGUUGCCAAUGCGCUCCAGCGACUUGGGGAAGGUGUGACCGCCGCGGCCACGAUCGAACAGCAUGUGGAUCGAGUGCAGCCCACCCAUUGCCGCGGGCACCCACUGCUGCAGGGCAUUCUCGGAUCUGCACGUGAGCUCUCGCAGCAGGGGGAACCGGUAGCGCCGGAAAUGCGGGAUGCGCUGCCAGGUGCUGUCCACCUUGACGGCGUGGAGGUGCUCGAAGAUGAUCGGCUCGUCGGGCUGGGGGAGCUGGUUGAGGGCGGUCUCGGCCUGUCGCUCCUGACGGUCGGUGAGGAGGGGCGAAGUCAGCGUCAUCGACUGCACACACACACACACACACAGACAGAGAGAAAGAAGAUAAGGACGACGUAUGUCUGUCUGUCUGUCUGUUUUCCUGGCAGUGCAGUGCAGUGCAUCUCACGUACCUGCAGGCUGGUGGUAGUGGCCUCGAGCAGUAUCAGCUUGGGCAUUGCCGGAGGACCGUGGAUUUUCAUGGUCGUCGUGCGCGAAAGAGAACCUGGCCAAGGCAAACACACAACCAACCGCACCACCCGCCCUCUUGCCGCUUCCCCCCACAUCAUAAGCGAGACAGACCUACUUAUCCAUCGCUGAGCCACGGCAAUGCUCGGAGCGGUCUCAAACUCGACGAUGGGGUGCAUGGCUGGGUUCUUGGCCAUGGAUCUGAACGCACAGCUGACGGCCGAGAGGGACCGCACAACGUCCACAAACCCGAUGUACCCGCCCACGCCGAUGCGGUCGCCGUCACUCAGCCACAACGCUUCGGCUAUCGAAUCCAAAGACAGACGCUGCAAUGCGCACAAUCCACACACCCCCGUGCGCAGGCAUGUGUGUCGUUCAUCUGCGUGUGUGAUGUCUGUCUGGCGUACGUCCUCUUCAUUGAGGGCCUGCAUCUUCUGCUGUAUCAUGUCGAGCUUCUGGGUGGCCCGCUCGAUAGACAGCUGGGACCGGGCGCUGUUGGUCUGCAUCAUCUCCCGCCACACACGGAAGUGACGCCUAAUCGCCUGCAGUGCAGAACGACAGACAACAAGAGCAGAACAAGGGCAGGCAGCACACAAACUUGGAUGGAUUUGGUGCGCCGUUUGUGUGCGCACCUGGACUUUGGUCUGGGUGUUGGUGUUUGCGACCUCGUGCGGCAUCAAACUCUUGGCCAUCAAAAUCUCCACAGCCUGUUUGUGUUGCAGACAGACAUAGAUAGACGAACCCAACACAACAACCAUCCGACAUACAUCAUCGGCCCGCCCGCUGUCCCUGUGUCUGCCUGAUUGUCCCUACAGCUGCCUGCCUGCGCACCUUUGCCUUGGUCUGCUCAAUCAUGAGUAGCUGCUUCCGGAGAGACGACGCCAUGCUCUCCAUCGCCAGCAGAACCUCCUCGUCCUCAUCCAUCUGAGCCAACUGCAGGCAGGCAGGCAACACACACAAGAGAGCGCAUGGACGGAUGCCUCAGCCCGACUGAGAGCCCGUGUGCCUCGAGGCAGCCAUACGUCAUCGUUGAGUCUCUGUCGCUUGGAGCUCUCAUCACUCCCGCCUCCCGCAGCUGCCGCAGAUGAUGAUGAUGCAGCGGCAGCGGCAGCAGCUGCCGCAGGCGCCGCUCCACUCGAGGCCGCAGCACUAGACUGGGCGAGGGAGCGCUUCUGCCGCCCUCCUCUGUCCAUUUUCGCUACUUCCUAUAGCUACUUCCUUUCAAAAAGGCGGCACCGCGCAUCAAGAGGCU